GCUAGUGAUGAUGCUGAACUCAGAGGUCUGUGAACAUUUCGUGAUGGUGUUUGCUGGAGACAAGGCACAGGAGCAGGUCAGGAUUGUCAUGGGCAAAUUUACUACUAAAACAAAUCAACUUCUCGGAUUCCCGUUGGCCAGGACUUUCAUCGUUCAAAGAUCGAUGCAGAAGUAGAGUUCUGAUUUCAUUAUUUCCUCACCAGAAGGGAACUGGAUUGAUGCCAAAGCAGAGUUCUGAUUUCAUUUAUUUCCUCAUCUGAAGGUAACUGGGGCAGCUGCCUCGGCCCCCACCCAUGGCCUUCGAGACAAUCCGGAGGGGCCGCGACAAGCUCAUCACCUUCCUACAAAGAGCGCCUGAUCUCAUCUUGGAUGACAUAGCAUCCCAGGGCAUUAUCUCAGAGGGUGAAUACGACACUUUGGAUAAGCUUUUGGACCCAAAGGAGAAGGUCCGCAAACUCUUGGUCAGAGUCCAGUUGAAGGGGGAACAGACCUGCUUCCGGUUCCUAGAAGGCAUCAGGAGCCUCUUUCCAGAUCUGCCUCCAGAUCUGUGGCCUCCAGGAAAUGCCUGUUCGUACCUAAAGCAAGAAAAUAGUUGUCCUGCUGAGGUUUUGGUCCACAGUGGGCCAGAGAAUCCAGAAGCGGUGAAAGCGAAGGAUGAAUUAUCAGCCGUGGAUUCUGAAGCAUGCUCACACCUACAGCAAGAAAAUAGUUGUCCUGCUGAGGUUUUGGUCAACAGUGGGCCAGAGAAUAUGGAAGUGGAAGUGGAGAAAGGGAAUGAAGAGUUAUUAGCCAAGGAUUCUGAAGGAGUUGAGAGCUUCCUGAUGAAGUUGGGUCUCCACAAGAGAAGCAAUAAGAAAUUCACCAUGGGAGAAGUCUUGGAAAUCAACCCAGACAGCCUCACAACUAUACCUCCUCAGACACUGGAAGAUUUACCUUGGCACUUCUUGAGAAAACUGAUAGCCCUCAGUGGAACAGCCAGAAAUACAGAUCUUGUACCAAAGGAUAAGGAAGCUGGAGAUGAAGAGGUUGAUAUUCAUGAUGAGGGUUUUUUUCUGAGGGGGAUGGACUCUGGAGAUUCUGUAAACCCCCUUGAUGUCCUUUGUGCUGUCUUGUUUUGCUCUGAUAGCUUCCUUCAUCAGGAGAUCUUUCUCAAAAUGUCCAUGUGUCAGUUUGCCCUCCCUUUGAUUUUGCCGCCUCCCAAGCACAUCUUUAUGCUGUGGGCCCUACGGGACAUUGUGAGAAAAUGGAGGCCUCACUGCUUGGUAGAGAAGAGAGGCUUCAGAGAGGAGAGCCUGGUACAAACAUCCAUGCCUACCAUUUCUUUUGUGCGGAUGGGCAGAUCCAGCUUCUCCAAAUCUAAGCUUCUCAAUGAGGUCCUCAGCUCCCCUCAGCAACACCAUGACUUCUUUGUUCACAGGGAUAUGGAGUGUGGGAGUGUGCCACGAGAGAUCAGUGAUGGGCUGGUAGAAAUCUCCUGGUAUUUUCCUGGAGGGAGGGAAAACUCAGAUCUUUUCCCUGAGCCUGUGGCCUUUACGAAUCUCCGGGGGGACAUUGAGUCAUACUGGCCACAGUUCAGCUUUUUGACAGAAGUCUCAUCAGCCGUGUUCAUCAUUACAGAGAACAUGUCUGACAAACAGUAUGGCAUGCUGGCAACUCUCCAGGGCUCGGCCUCUAAAUAUUAUUUUGUCUUGAAUGUUGAUGGUGAGAAAUCAAGGGAAAUGCUGACGUUCCUGAACAAACUUGCACCAUUGCUGAGCCUGACCAAAUCACAAAAAUUGGUGAAAGAGAAGAACAAAAAUACCACAGAAUUUGUGAAGAAGUUCCGGUCAACCAUAAAGAACAUUGUUAACUCUCCACAAAAGGUGAUCAGUAUAGAAGAUAUGGCAAAGGUCAGCCAAGAGCUGGGAAUCCAGACUGAUGAAGACAUAAAGACCUGUCAAAAUGGAAUUUUACAUGCCAGUGAAAUUACUGAAGAAAUAAAAGAUGUUGUGGUCUACAAGAAGGAAAUGCUGAAACUUCAGGGGGACUUGUGGAAAAACCUGGCCAAAGUGGAGAAAGAACUGUGCAGGAUGAAAAGGCAAGCGGAUACCUCCGCUGAAGAUUACAAGGCUCAGCUCAGAGAGAAACUGAUAGCCUUACGUUACGAGCAGAAUCAGUGUGACCUCACUACUGGAAUAACUAAAUUUAUUAAUGGAAUGCAACACCUUCACUCAAAGGAGAAACAUUAUUUUCUGAAACGGCUGAAGUUCAACCUGGAUUCCGUUGCUAGGGCAAACUUGUCAAAAUUAAGAGAGGAGUAUAAGGAACUUUAUCACAAUUCUGGAAAUGAUCCGGGACAGCUGGCACAGCUGGAUGAAUUAAUUUCCGCCAGUUCCUUAGGCAUGGAACAUUUCAUGCGUGAGCUGGGGCAGUUUUAUGAAGCAGAGUACAUGAUGAUGAAGGAAGGCAAGAUAAUUGAAAGAUACAGACAGUUUGUGCACUUACCAGGAAUCGCUGCUGACCUGAUGCUGGAAGGAUUUCCAAUGGAGCUGAUGGAUGGAGAUGCAUCGAACAUCCCCCUGCAAUGGAUAACUGAUGUUUUGACUGCCCUUCAUUCCAAAUUAGGGGGCAAAUCCAGGAUGAAGGUUCUAACAGUACUGGGUGUCCAGAGUACUGGCAAAUCCACCCUUCUUAAUACUAUGUUUGGGCUGCAGUUUGCAGUCAGCAGUGGCCGAUGUACCCGAGGGGCCUUCAUGACCCUCCUAAGAGUCUCAGAAGGGAACUUCAGCAGCAGGAACUCCAGUUGUGAUUUCAUCUUGGUGAUCGACACAGAAGGCCUGAAAGCCCCCGAGCUGGCCAAAUUGGAAGACAGCUAUGAACAUGACAAUGAGUUGGCCACCCUAGUGAUCGGACUGAGUGACAUAACUCUUGUGAACCUAGCCAUGGAGAAUACCACUGAGAUGAAGGACAUCCUACAAAUUGUAGUCCAUGCUUUUCUGAGGAUGGAGGAAACUGGGCACAAACCCAAUUGCCAAUUCGUCCACCAGAACGUCAGUGAUGUUUCGGCCCAUGAUCAAAACAUGAGGGACAGGAAACGUCUCCUAGAACAGCUCAACGAAAUGACCAGAGCUGCAGCAAAAAUGGAGAAACAAUUCAGGGAAGUUUCCUUUUCAGAUGUUAUGGACUACAAUCCGGAAAAACACACCUGGUACAUCCCUGGUUUGUGGCACGGAGUCCCACCCAUGGCUCCAGUAAACAUGGAUACCCUGGCGAGAGGCGUGUCAGAUUUAGAAAAAGAUCUCUUGUUCAGAAUUUAUGAAGACCUGCUCCUUAAACAGAUAUUCCAAAGACAUCCCCAGUUUCUUGAAUGGGUGAGAAGCCUCAGGAAUGCUGUAAAGCAUGAAAAAUUUUCUUUCAGCUUCGUGGCGCGAACAGUCUGCGUAGCUGAUGCUUACAACCAGCUCUCGGUGAAGUAUUCAGAAUGGGAAUGGAAUUUCCAGAAGGAGAUGCAUCUGUAUGUAGCCAAAGCUGAUACCGUAAUUCAGAAUCAGUCUCUAGAAGAUAUUGACUCCGAUGCAUUAGAUAAGUUGAGGCUCGAGGCUGAUCAGAAAUUGUGCAAUGGCCAGCAAAAGAUAUUACAGUGCAUACAAAACUAUUUUGAAAGUGACCGACAGAACCUGCAUCUUAUAGAAAAGUAUAGAGAAGAUUUCAUCAGAAGCGCUGAAGGUCUCCAGAAGCAGCUGGAAAACUAUUGUUUUAAUAAGCUUCAGCAGGCCAUUCUCAUACGCAAGGCACGGAGUAAGAUAGACAGUCUUCAAGCUACAUAUGUGAAAACCAUGCAAGAGAAGGUAAACAAGCUCCUGGAAGAGUGUAAAAGGAAAGAGUGCAAGCUGACUUUUUUUGAACUGGAAGAGGAAUUUGAGAAAAUGUGGAAGGAGAGCUUACUGGAAUUGCCAGCUAGUAACUUCAUGCAUCGUAAAAUUUAUGCAGAUAUUCACCAUCAGCUCAGAGAAAGCGACCUUCGUCAAAAAGAGUAUCAUCUAGAAAAAUCAUUCAUGAGAACAUUAAAAGGUCUAUUCAUUGAUUAUAAACAACAACUAGAGGAGAAGGUCAAAUCCCUGAUUUGCACCUGUGAGAGCUAUGUCAUGGAGAAAGUCAACACAAAAGGAGACUAUGAUGAAACGUAUUGCUGUGAGUUGCUGAGACUGAUCAACCAAAUGCUUGAAGAAAAAGAUUUUCGAAAGCACUGUACCGUUCAUUUUGAAAUGGAUCUGAAAUAUUUCAUUCUAGGAGAAGCAGCUGAUGCUUUUCAGGAGAUGCAUACCAAAUACUUCAAGGCAAACAACCCUCACCAAUGUCUAGAAAAGCUCAAACCUCAGUAUUUGUCCACCUUCAAAGAUCUGUACUAUGAGAAGGACGCUUGUCAGAAAAGAGCCAAGGAUUUUUGCAAUCUGUGUCUGAGACCAGCUCUGGUGGACCACCUCCUCAAGAGACUUGGGAUUGAUAUAGUAGAUGAUCUUCUCAGCAGCCAGCAAUCCCUCCAGUAUGGAAGCAGGAGCUUCUUUCAGUUCACAGUUCAGAGGACAUUACUAGAAGAGGAGAAAUUCGAUGACUAUGUCAACUAUAUAAACACAUAUGAGAUGUUUGUGAAAUCUUGGAUACAGACACGCCUCUUAGACCAUUUCAGACAGAGAGAAGGACUAUGCAUCUUGGAGCGUCGAAUUCUGUCUACUGCAAUGAAGAAAGCUAUAGAAGUUCUGGAGAUAUAUGAAAACCAAACUGAGACUUUGGCUGAAUUCUUGGAGCAUUUUUGCCAGGAAUUGGGUGAAGAGCUCGUCAUUUCCAAGGAUGGUCUGGAACUCAUCCUGUUCAACAAUACUACCAAUGCUGCAUCCUUUCUCAGCCGAGUAUACAGGCCUAGCUUCUCUAAGAUGAGCACUGAAGAGAUACUUUCAGACAUUCCAUUCAAGCCUCGGGAUGAAAUUUCUGCUGCAGUGUUUGGCUGUGGGAAGCAGUGUCCUUUCUGUAAGGUCCCCUGUGAAGCUGGAGGCAGCAGUCACCAAGAACACUGAUCAGUCCAUCGACCUAUAGGGCUUGGGCGAUGUCGUGAUCAUGAAACAAAAAAACUUUGUUAUUCCUUGUGCUCUUCUGAUCUGGACCCCCAAGUGCCCUAG